AUGAAGCUGUCACUCCUCCUCAUUGCCGUCCCCGCGGCACAGGCCGCGGUCUCAUACAUGUCAGCCGUUCCCGACAAGCUCAUGGCCAUGGUCGAGGCAUCAGAAGACUGCAACCUACCCGAUGACUUCCAGAUCCAAAACUUUACCGCCGAAUCAGCGGAUGGCAAGACGGCGGACUCGCUCGACUUUACCUUCAACGACGACAGCACCGUUCUCAACACGCAGUGCCACCUCAACGCCUCAUCGGUACCGGUGUCCGGUGACGGGCGGACACCGAGGUUUGCCCUGGUGACGACGGUGCCGCCGACUACGAGGCUUCCGGGACGGCCGCGGUUCCGUUGGUGUGCGACGGAGGUGCCGCGAACGGGACGGGCAAUGCCGCCAGGUCACACAGGCGUGCAAGGAGGGCAGCCGUUGCAUGCAAGUCCAACUCGGACGACAUCCGAUCGAGAUUCUUCAGCAUCCAGCCGGUUGGUUGAGAGGGCGGAGGAGAGUAGUCAUGGGAUGAACGUAAAAAAGCAAACAAAAAGAGACGCCAUGACAGUGUUCAUGGAUGAUGAAACAUACAUGAGUGAGCACACGCUGAGAGGUUCUUGGGUUACAGUUACAGAUGGUAGGCCCUAA